AUGGCUAAGAAGCACAGGUAUACCACGGUUCAGCGUAAGCAAGAGCGUCAGAAGGAGGAGGAGUAUAUCAAGGAGUUGGAGCAGCGUAUUCAGGAUUAUGAUGUGAAGAACAACAAGGCAGUGUUUUUCAAGGACCUGCCGAUCAGUAAAUCUACAUUGAAAGGUCUAAAUGAGGCCUCUUUUAUAAAAAUGACGGAUAUUCAGCGGGACUCCAUCGUUACCUCAUUGCAAGGCCACGAUGUGUUUGGUACUGCCAAGACUGGGUCUGGUAAGACUUUGGCAUUUCUGGUACCAGUGCUGGAGAAACUAUACCGUGAGCGCUGGACUGAGUUCGACGGGUUGGGGGCUUUGAUUAUCUCGCCUACUAGGGAGUUGGCUAUGCAAAUCUACGAGGUCCUUGUGAAGAUCGGUUCACACACACAAUUCUCAGCAGGUCUAGUCAUUGGUGGUAAGGACGUGAACUUCGAAUUGGAGAGGAUCGCCAAGAUCAACAUCUUGAUUGGUACUCCCGGUAGAAUUCUUCAACAUAUGGACCAAGCGGUUGGGUUAAAUACUUCGAAUUUGCAAAUGUUGGUGUUAGACGAAGCUGAUAGGUGUUUGGAUAUGGGUUUCCAAAAGACCUUGGAUGCCAUUGUGGGUAACUUACCACCUGACAGACAGACUCUGUUGUUUUCUGCAACGCAAUCACAAAGCAUAUCUGAUCUGGCAAGAUUGUCUUUGACCGAUUAUAAGAAGAUUGGUACAAUUGAUUCAUCUGAAGAUGGACCAGCGACUCCAAAAACACUGCAGCAGUCUUAUAUCAUAGCAGACCUGGCCGAUAAACUGGAUGUCCUGUACAGUUUUAUCAAAUCUCAUUUGAAGACUAAGAUGAUUGUGUUCUUCUCCAGUUCAAAGCAAGUACAUUUCGUUUACGAGACAUUUAGAAAGAUGCAACCUGGUAUUUCUUUGUUGCACUUGCAUGGUAGGCAGAAGCAAAGAGCUCGUACUGAAACUCUAGACAAAUUCUUCAGAGCUCAGCAAGUAUGUUUGUUUGCUACUGAUGUCGUCGCUAGAGGUAUCGACUUUCCAGCUGUUGAUUGGGUUAUCCAAGUGGAUUGUCCGGAAGACGUAGACACAUAUAUCCAUAGGGUAGGUAGAGCCGCCAGGUAUGGUAAGAAAGGUAGGUCGCUUAUCAUUCUCACUCCACAAGAAGAGGCUUUUUUGACAAGAAUGGCAGCUAAGAAGAUUGAACCUGGUAAGCUAACUAUAAAACAGUCUAAGAAAAAAUCUAUCAAACCACAAUUGCAAUCCUUACUGUUCAAGGACCCAGAACUAAAAUAUCUUGGUCAGAAGGCUUUUAUUUCUUAUGUGAAAUCUAUCUAUAUUCAAAAGGAUAAGGAAGUUUUUAAAUUUGAUGAGCUUCCAACAGAAGAGUUUGCAAACUCGUUGGGUCUACCUGGUGCACCACGCAUCAAGAUAAAGGGUAUGAAGGCAAUCGAACAAGCUAAGAAGCUGAAAAACACAUCUAGAAGUCUAUUGUCAUUAUCAAAAGCCAAUGAUGAUGGUGAAAUCAAUGAUAAGAAGGAUAAACAGGUUAGAACUAAAUAUGACAAGAUGUUUGAACGUAAAAAUCAAACUAUUUUGAGUGAGCAUUAUUUGAACAUAACGAAAUCUCAAGCACAAGAAGAUGAGGAUGAAGACUUCAUUACUGUUAAGAGAAAAGACCAUGAAUUGAAGGAAGAAGAUUUGCCACAACUAACUGUACCAACAUCGAGGAGAGCACAAAAGAAGGCUCUGUCUAAAAAGGCAUCCUUAUCUACUAAGGGUAAUGCCACUAAAAUGGUGUUUGAUGAUGAAGGACAAGCGCAUCCAGUCUAUGAGCUUGAAGGUGAAGAAGAGUUCCAUAAAAAAGGUGAUGCUGAGGAACAAAAGAAAGAAUUCUUGAGCAAAGAAGCUGAAAUCAUGGCUGAUAGAGAUGUUAGCGAUAAGAUAAUACAGAAAGAGAAGAAACAGGAAAAAAAGAGAAAGAGAUUAGAGGCAAUGAGGAGAGAAAUGGAAGCUGCCUAUGCUGACGAAUACAGCGAUGAGGAUGAAGAAGGCGGUAAUGUUGCAUAUUUGGGUACAGGUAAUUUAAGUGAUGACAUGGAGGAAUACUCUUCUGAUGAAGAAAGUCGUAAAACUAAGAAGAGUAAGACUGUUGACUACAGAUUUGACAAGAAGAACAAAACUAUUUCUGAAGAUACUGAUAUUAUGGAGAUUCAAGAACCAGAAACCAUUGAAGACUUGGAAUCCCUUACCGCAAGACUUAUCGAAGGUUAA